AGUCUGUAAUUUGAAGCGAAAAGGCUCAAACAAAACAAGACUAGCCCUGAUGUUUUUGCAUUUAAUUUUUGCUUUAUUGUACAGUUGUUUAUGGAUAUUUGUAAAGAUAUCAGAGACAACAGCAGCAGCCGCAGUAGAAGCAGAAAGCUACAGAGGGGCAGUCAUUAUAAGAGCAGACCCAGUACUAUCAUCUAGAGAGAGAAGAAAUAGAAGAAGUAGAAGAAGAAAAAGGAGGUGGCAGCAGUAUUAUAUUGCUGAAGCCAUUAAUUUUAUCCAUGCCCAGAAGAAGAUUCUGCAAGAGCAAGUCAUGGACCCUGCUGCAAAAGAAAAAUGCUCUUCAAAACUCUAGCCCCACAUCAAGAACAAGAAUAAUAACACCCCCUCUUUCUCUUUGUCUCUGAAACCUCUCUACAUGAACUAGAUCUUUCCUCUUGGCCUUCUACAAUAUUUUUUUGAAAGUAUUUUCUCUUUGGUCUCCAUCGAUGAUGUUGAACGCAACAAAUACAAGAAAUAGGUCUCCGUUUACUCCAACUCAAUGGCAAGAGCUUGAACACCACGCUCUCAUCUACAAAUACAUGGUCUCAGGUGUCCCUAUCCCACCUGAACUCAUCUAUUCUGUCAAAAGAAGCUUGGAGUCUUCUUUAGCUUCAAGACUCUUUCCUCACCAAUCUCUUGGGUGGGGUUGUUUUCAGGUGGGUUUUGGCAGAAAAGCAGACCCAGAGCCAGGGAGGUGCAGAAGAACAGAUGGGAAGAAAUGGAGAUGCUCAAAGGAGGCUCACCCGGACUCUAAGUACUGUGAAAGGCACAUGCAUAGAGGCAGAAAUCGUUCAAGAAAGCCUGUGGAACUUGCUUCAACUAUAACAUCAUCAACUGCUGCAACUACUACUGUAAUAAACCCUUUGCCAUCAAUCAACAGAAACCUCCCGGCCAUCACUUCGCCUUCUGCUUCCUCUUACUCUUUCUCUUCUCUUUCUUCAGCCGUGGAACCUGAAUACCACGUCGUCCAUCAAAAUCCUAGCCACAGCACCAUCUUUAAUCCUUUCGUUUACCCUCAUUCUUCAUCUUCUAGACCUCAUGGUUCUGGCUUUUCCCCUCAAAAUAGCACUACCCAUAACCUAUUUUUGGACCCUGGCUCUUCUUCUCAUUCUGAUAAGGAUUAUAGGUAUUUUCAUGGAAUGAGGGAAGAUUUAGAUGAGAGAACUUUCUUCCCAGAAGAUUCAGGAAGUUUGAGAACUCUACAAGAUUCAUAUCAACAACUGGCAACGAGUUCCGAUAAAGGAUACUCUCAAUCACAGUUUGAAAGCAUAGCUGAUUCAUCAAAAGAAGAAGAAGAUCAUCAGCAGCAGCAUUGCUUCGUUUUGGGUACUGACUUUAAGUCAUCAGCUGCAAGGCCAAUCAAAUUAGAAAAAGAAAGUGAAACCCAGAAAUUAUUGCACCAUUUUUUCGGUGAGUGGCCACCAAAGAACUCAGACCCUUGGCUGGAUCUUGCAUCCAGUUCAAGACGGCACACAGCUGAUGGUUGAAAUCUCAAUAAUGGAUCUUUAUAUUGCAGCCAAAGGAGUACUAGUACUGCAUGUCGGUGGCCCGGUGGGUCAUUUUGCCUUGCUUUACAAGUUGAAAAUGUGGCUAGGAUUAGUCCUUUUUCCUUCUUUCUUUCUUUUUGGUUGGAUUAAUAAUGUAGGGACACAGGAGGUUUCCUGUCUUUUUGCUUUCUGGAACAUUUAAUUUUUCUCUUCCCCUCCAUGAAAAACAUAUUUGGGAUUUGUAGACCGUUGCUUGUUUGACUGAAAGUAUCUUCAAUACAUGCUGUGUCUUCAUAAC